AAAUAAUAAAUAAAAAAACUCACACAUUAAGCCACAGAGCAAGUAAUAUAGGCAUUAUGCUCUAAUAUUAAUACACCAAAUUUUCAUACCAUAGUUUUUAUUAAAUAAAAUAUGAAAAUUGACACAACAGACUUUCAGGAUAUAUGUAGAAUAUGUCUUGAACGAUGCCGAGCAACUUUUAAUAUUUUCACUUGUUAUUACGCGAAAAUAUUAUACUGUGAAAUGCUGUCGGAUUGUACAAAAAUAAAGCCUGAGAAAGAGGAUGGUUUGCCACGGCUCAUUUGUAAAAAUUGCUUUCGGCAGUUGAAGAGAACAUAUAUUUUCAAUAUACAAUGUGUAGAGAGUGAGAUAAAAUUAAGGAAACUUCUAGCUAGUAAUGAUACAAUAAUUACGGUAGAGAAAGAAGAAUGCAUUGGAAUCGAAGACAAAAUACAAGAUCUAUGUGAUAGUGUGAAAGAUGAAAUAGAAGACUUAAAGGACAAAUCUAUAGAAUUAUUGUUAAAAGAAAAAAAAGCUAUUGAUGAGGAUAUAAAGUCAGAACCUGGUUACAACGACAAUGAGGAAAGUGACACUUGGAAUGAUGAUGAUAAUUUACUUAAUCAGUUCAAAACGGCACCAGAAGCUGAAGAAGCAAAUGGCGAGGUAAUAACAAAGAAAAAAAGAGGGCGCAAGAAAAAAGCGUACAGCAAGUUACCACACCAGUGCGAAGUCUGCGGCAAGAUACUGAGUUCUAUAAGCAGUUUGAACUCCCACAAAAUAAGUCACACGGACAUCAGGCGUUAUAAGUGUACCGAGUGUCCUGCGACUUUCAAAGGAUACAGCGGUUUGUUCCAACACAAAAGCUUACAUACUGGCGAGAAGCCAUAUCAUUGUGAAUAUUGUCCGAAACAGUUUAGAAAAAAAAGAGCACUCGUUAAUCAUAUACGUAUGCAUACAGGUGAAAAGCCAUACAAUUGCAAUAUUUGCUUCAAGAGCUUCUCUCAAAGCGCUCAUCUGGCGAUACACAUUAAACGGCAUAGCGGGAUCCAGUCGUAUCUGUGCCAGGAUUGUGGGAAAGGAUUCUCAAUAAAAGCGGAUCUCGGUGUGCAUCAAAGAGUACACACCGGAGAGAAGCCAUAUUCUUGUCAUCUAUGUGAAAAGACAUUUGCCACGUCUAGCUAUUUGUCCAUCCAUGUACGAAUACAUAACAGAGAAGUUAGAUAUAAAUGUAAAUACUGCCACCGCGGCUUCGUAACGCGCAGUUCCUUCAACGUUCACGUAAAACGACACAACGGGCAAAGGGACUAUGCCUGCGAAUGUGGAAAGACAUUCUACACUUCUUCAGCACUAAAACAACAUAAAAUAGUACAUACAAAAAAAAGAUACCAAUGCGAAAAAAGAUACCAAUGCAAAAUAUGCGAUAGAAAAUUCACGCAAACGGGCCAUUUGAGUCGACAUUUUAGAAAAGCCCACGCGAAACCGAACGCGCCUUUACCAACGUCGGAUUACUAUAAAAUAAAACUUCCACAGACUAACGAAAGUUAAGUUCCAAAGAAAAAUUCGUCACUGUUCGGCAACUGUCAUAUUCCCCGAGCCUCCGAAGAUGAUAUGUAUAUAGAGUGCAUGCAUUACUAUGCAUGAAGAAAAUACAUUUACUACUUGUACUAUAGAAUUAUGAGUUUUAUUUUAUUGUGAUUUUAUCGUGAAAGAGAUAAGUAUCGAAAUUUGUUCCGAUAAUUCAAUGUAAGUUAAUAGCGAGGAUAAGCCACACGAUUGCGAAUAUAUAUAUUUUGUUGUAUUGAUAUACUCAGAAAAUUCUAUACUUAUGGUGCUUCUAAACGGGCUAUAUUUUCCUGCAAUAUGUGGCUGCAACACAGUGGCCGGAAACAUUGCGAGCAAUUCCAGCCACACUACGCAAUAUUGCAGCAAUGUCCCGGACACAUGUUUGAUAUUGCAGGCAUUGCAGCGAAUGGCCGAUAUUGUUUUGAUAGGUUGCUGGACGAUCGCUGAGCUGUCGAUUUAACUGCAAUGUUGCCCAGCCAGUUUUAUUGUUGUUUCAGUCGCUCUCUAUUGUUAUGAUAUAGUGCAUCCUUUUCUACACGACGUGAAGUUAUCUGUGAGUGCGGCUGUGCCGUGCCGUGACUAAUUGCUAUAUUCUGUGCAGUUAUCACGUUGUUUUGGACUGUUGAUAUUUUUUAAAUUAUCGGAUUUUCGAUAUAUCGAUAUUUUAAAAUAUAUCAAUAUCGGAGUUCGAUAUAUCGAAAAAAAAAUAUCGAUAUUUC